AUGGGGAUCCUGCUGAUGGAGGUACACCAUGGUGUAUUGGCUUUCAGAGAGUCGAGAAUGGUGUGCCAAUUCUUGGAGUAUAAAUGUGAUUUUUCCUUAAAGUUUGCUGGUGGUGCUUCCAUGAUUCUUAAACUUGAGAACUACCUUGUACAUGGGGAUCCUGUUGUACACCAUGGUGUAUUGGCUUUCAAACAGUCCAGAAUGGUGUGUCAAUUCUUGGAGGCUCACAACAGCAGUUACAGUUUAUAA